CCCCCUCCCCGCCUUUUCCGCCCUCCCGUCCCCCUCCCCCGACCCGCGGCCGCUGCUCCAGAUGAGGUGAUGGCAACGGCCAACUUCGGCAAGAUCCAGAUCGGCAUUUACGUGGAGAUCAAGCGGAGCGAUGGCCGAAUACAUCAAGCAAUGGUAACAUCUUUAAAUGAAGAUAAUGAAAGUGUGACUGUUGAGUGGAUAGAAAAUGGAGAUACAAAAGGCAAAGAGAUUGACUUGGAGAGCAUCUUUUCACUUAACCCUGACCUUGUACCUGAUGAAGAAAUUGAACCCAGUCCAGAAACACCUCCACCUCCCACAUCCUCAGCCAAAGUAAACAAAAUUGUAAAGAAUCGACGGACUGUGGCUUCUAUUAAGAAUGACCCUCCUCCAAGAGAUAAUAGAGUGGUUGGUUCUGCACGUGCACGACCUAGUCAACUUCCUGAACAGUCAUCUUCUGCACAACAGAAUGGUAGUGUUUCAGAUAUAUCUCCAGUUCAAGCUGCAAAAAAGGAAUUUGGACCUCCUUCACGUAGAAAAUCUAAUUGUGUGAAAGAAGUAGAAAAAUUACAAGAAAAACGAGAGAAAAGGAGACUACAACAACAAGAACUUAGAGAAAAAAGAGCCCAGGAUGUUGAUGCUACAAACCCAAAUUAUGAAAUUAUGUGUAUGAUCAGAGAUUUUAGAGGAAGUUUGGAUUAUAGACCAUUAACAACAGCAGAUCCUAUUGACGAACAUAGGAUAUGUGUUUGUGUAAGGAAACGACCACUCAAUAAAAAAGAAACUCAAAUGAAAGAUCUUGACGUAAUUACAAUCCCUAGUAAAGAUGUUGUGAUGGUACAUGAACCAAAACAAAAGGUAGAUUUAACACGGUACCUAGAAAACCAAACAUUUCGUUUUGAUUAUGCCUUUGAUGACUCAGCUCCUAAUGAAAUGGUUUACAGGUUUACAGCUAGACCACUAGUGGAAACUAUAUUCGAAAGGGGAAUGGCUACAUGCUUUGCUUAUGGCCAGACUGGAAGUGGAAAAACUCAUACUAUGGGAGGUGACUUUUCAGGAAAAAACCAAGAUUGUUCUAAAGGAAUUUAUGCACUAGCAGCUCGAGAUGUCUUUUUAAUGCUAAAGAAGCCAAACUAUAAGAAGUUAGAACUUCAAGUUUAUGCAACCUUUUUUGAAAUUUAUAGUGGAAAGGUGUUCGACUUGCUAAACAGGAAAACAAAAUUAAGAGUGCUGGAAGAUGGAAAACAGCAGGUUCAAGUGGUAGGAUUACAGGAACGGGAGGUCAAAUGUGUUGAAGAUGUACUGAAACUCAUUGACAUAGGUAACAGCUGCAGAACAUCCGGGCAAACAUCUGCAAAUGCACAUUCAUCUCGGAGCCAUGCAGUGUUUCAGAUUAUACUUAGAAGGAAAGGAAAACUACAUGGCAAAUUUUCUCUCAUUGAUUUGGCUGGAAAUGAAAGAGGAGCUGAUACUUCCAGUGCAGAUAGGCAAACUAGGCUUGAAGGUGCUGAAAUUAAUAAAAGCCUUUUAGCACUCAAGGAGUGCAUCAGAGCCUUAGGUAGAAAUAAACCUCAUACUCCUUUCCGAGCAAGUAAGCUCACUCAGGUGUUAAGAGAUUCAUUCAUAGGUGAAAACUCUCGUACCUGUAUGAUUGCCACAAUCUCUCCAGGAAUGGCAUCCUGUGAAAAUACUCUUAAUACAUUAAGAUAUGCAAAUAGAGUAAAGGAGUUUGGAAUUAGUCCAUCAGACAUUCCCUUCUCACAGGGUAGUGGCAGUCGCCCUGAUCUCUCUCCUUCUUAUGAGUAUGACGACUUUUCUCCUUCGAUUACCAGGGUAAAAGAACUGACUGUGGAUCCAACUGCUGCUGGUGAUGUUCGUCCAAUAAUGCACCAUCCACCAAAUCAGAUUGAUGACUUAGAGGCACAGUGGGGUGUGGGGAGUUCCCCGCAGAGAGAUGAUCUAAAACUUCUGUGUGAACAAAAUGAAGAAGAGGUUUCUCCACAAUUGUUUACUUUCCACGAAGCUGUCUCACAAAUGGUAGAAAUGGAAGAACAAGUUGUAGAAGAUCACAGGGCAGUGUUCCAGGAAUCUAUUCGAUGGUUAGAAGAUGAAAAGGCCCUUCUGGAGAUGACUGAAGAAGUAGACUAUGAUGUAGAUUCAUAUGCUACACAACUUGAAGCUAUUCUUGAGCAAAAAAUAGACAUUUUAACUGAGCUGCGGGAUAAAGUGAAAUCUUUUCGUGCAGCUCUACAAGAAGAAGAACAGGCCAGCAAGCAAAUCAACCCUAAGAGACCCCGUGCCCUUUAAGUUGGCAUUUGCUGCUAAAGGAUCCCCAGGACCCUCACUGUUUUAACAUACAAGGUUCAGCUGUAAGGGCCAUUUGGAAGUUUGAAAUUUUAAGUGUCUGUGGAAAAUGUCUUGUCCCUUCACCUGAAUGACAUUUCAGUUUUGUGAAACACAACUUUGUCUACAAAAUGCUUCUAGUCCAGAAGGCACAACCAAGAUUUGGUAAUAGUGAAGCAUUUUGUUUCAUUUACCCAAAUAGUGAUUUACUUUUGGAGAUCCUUACCAAUUUUAUUUUCUAUAUGAUGAAGUAAGAUUGUGGACUUGAUCCAGGGGUGAGUAGUAGGGGGAAGCCACAGCAUUUCCUUUUAACUCGGUUCAAUUUUCGUAGCAAGACUGAGCAGUUUUAAAUCCUUUGUGUGCAUGCAUACCUCAUCUGUGAUUGUACAUACCGUGCCACUCUUAGGGACAGCUGUGCUCACCCCUUUCUGCUUUGUGCCUUGACUAAGGCUAUUGACCCUGAAUUUCUGAUGCACAGCCAAGUUAAAUUACAUUCCUUAUUUGUCAUUGUAAAUUACCUUUAUUGUGUGUACAUUUUUACUGUAUUUGAGACAUUUUUUGUGUGUUGCUAGUUAAUUUUGCAGGAUGUGCCAUAUCAUUGAAUGGAACUAAAGUCUGUGACAGUGGACAUAGCUGCUGGACCACUCCAUCUUAUAUGUAAAGAAAUCUGGAAUUAUGGUUUUAAAACUUUUAACAUGUGGAUAUAAUUUUCUUAGCAUUUUCUUUGUAAAGAAAAUAUAAACUAGUUGAUGUAUAAUAAAAAGUAAUGGAAUUCUGAGAAGAGUUUUAUCUUAGGAUAAUACAUAUAUAUGCAGUGUGUUCCAGUGUGUUAUUAACAAGACUAAUAGUGCAAUUUGCUCCUUACCAAUACCAUUACUUAAGUUGAAGUGUCCAUUAGCAUCCCAAAAGGUACCUUUUAAAUGUACUGUUAAAGGAAAUUGGCUUCUGAUGCAUGAACAUUUACAUAAUACAUUGGAAGUAGUCCAUAAUAGAACUGUUAGUUUAAGCCAAGUAUAGACAGUACAUAAAUCCCUUGAAAGUGAAUUAAGCUAACAAGAGUUGACUUUGCUUUAAAAGGCAGAUCUAACCCAAGCUCCGUCCAUUACCUAAUGUAUGAUGUUUCACCAUUAUUUGGUGAGAACCACCAAAUUCUCACCAAUAAAUUGGUCUAGGCCUGUGCUACUUUUUAAAUGGUAGCAUUUAUUUUUACAGAUUGCUACUCCAAGGAAGAAAACUGGCUACUUCUCAUGUAAAUAUUUUGUUAAACAAUUUAUAUAUCUCUCUAGGACAUUUCCCUCAGCUCCUAGGAGAAUCCAGGAGUGUAUUAACAACAAAAAAUCUCCCAAGGAUAUCUUGUUUUGACUUACUCUAGGAAAGUAAUAGCUCAUUCCUUUGAGCCACAGGGAAGCUAUGAAUACUAGUAGAGUCACAUGAGCCAGAUUCACUACUUCACUUCAGACAACUCAGAGGGUAGUUGUGGGAAAUCCGAAUACCAUGGUGAAAUGCUCCUCUGUAAACUUGAAAUCUAGAACAAAUGUAGAUUUUUCACAAUGUGCUUAUUAAUAAAUGGAAUCUAUGGAAUGAGUUUAGAGAUAAUUUUCUUCAAUGUAAUCACCUUUGUUUUGGAAGGGACUGAGGUUUUCUUGCAGCUGUAAGAUAUGUCCUAUUUGUGUUUAUUUCAAAGAGAAGAGGAAGAAUGGAGAACUAUUGACCUUGCAGAGGCUGUUUAGAAAGGUAGUUUUUGAGCCUAACCAACGUUCAAAGGACAAUAAAAAGGUUUGAGUUUUCUUGUAAAGCACAACAGAUUAGUCUUAUUUAAAAUAGAUGGAUACUAUCUCUAGAAGGUCCCCUUAUAUUUAAAUGUGCUGCUUUAUUCUAUAAUGGCUUCAUUCUGAUCAGUAAUCAAGGUAUAUAAAAAAUCAGUACACCAGAAAAGAUCUUGGUAGUAUAAUCCAGUACUUCAGUUUUACAGAUAGGGAAACUAAGAACCAGAAAAGGGACUCAGCAGUUACUAGGGUGUAGAGGAAAAGCUGAAUGAAUAAACCUUAGAAUUUUCCUGUAAGAAUAGAAACAGUACAAGUGAAUUUUGCAAAGUAAAGUUUUUUGAUAUUUAAAAAAGCUACACAAGUAUAAUAUAACAAAAGUGGCUUGAUACAGCUAUUUUAAAAAAAUUUGGAUCUGAAUUAAACAUUCUUUACUUUCUCAGACUUGAAAGCUGAUAUUCCUAUUAAUAAGUAACAAAAAAUACAUUAUUUUCAUUAUAUAGGAAUGCUUAAUAUCAUUUUGAAGCCAUAUUUGAAAAAUAAUCUGUUUAAGUAAACAAAUUAACUUCCUUUCUAGGUUUACUCAGUGUACUUUUGUUAAAAUAAUUUGAAACACUUCUGUUAAGGUAGGCAUAAAAAAAUGAAGAUAUUUUUAUUUCCUUAUAUAAAUAACCAGCUAUUAUAUAUAAUUCUUUAUUAAAGGACAUUAACAAUUAAUAUUGAUAAUGAUUUAGACAUAGUAACUAAUUAAGAUAUGGUUGUGACAUCUAUUGAAAUUAUCAUCCUUACAUUUUAAAUAGAUUAUAGGUAAGCAUAAAGUAUAUAAAAGAGUGCUGGAAAUUUUCAUUAUCCAGAAGUUAUAGGAGGAAUACUGGGAGCCUGUUCUUGUGGGAAAAUUACUGUUUGAGUUUUGUUUUGAAUUUGAUGGGCAGAUAUUUUAAAUGAAGUUUUGAUUUCUAAAACCUCUGGAAAUUUUCUUAAAACUAUUACUAUCUCCCCAAGAAAAAACAUGCAAUCUUAUAAUUCAUUUCACAUUCUAGUUGAGCAUCCUUAUUUUACAGGUAAGGAAUCAUGCCCAGAAGUAAUGUCUGGCACCACAUGGUCUCAGGAGCAGACUCAAGCUUACCCAGAACCCUGAUGUAACUGUGAUGUUACAGGAUAAGUAAAGGGGUAGGUAGGCAGUGAUAGAAGUUAUAUAGGAUAAACACAGAGAGAGAAACAAUUAAAAUAUAAUAAAAUUGUUUUACUGUACAUAUGAAUAAUAAUAAAUGAUAUGGGGAAUAUGUGACUCAGUUAAGCAUAUUUAACUUUAUACCUGAAGAAUAAAGGACUAAAGAGUUGAAGGCCUAAAUUGGUCUUCACAGUAAUAUAUAACAUAGACAAUAGAGUAACAUCUUUAUACAACAACCUGUUAGAAAUGAAGUUUAAGUGUCAAGUUGUGUCUAUGGCUCUUGAAAAUUAUCAUGUAUAGACUGGACCCUGCCCUGUGUUAAAUAUUAAAAACAAACCGAAAAGAAAAAAAAACUUGGGAACUUAAAAUUGACUUAAGUACCUUAGAAAUUUGGACUAAUUACUAGUAAUAAUAACAUUAAAUCAAAAAUAGUCAAGCACAGUGUUCCAGUGGAGGAAAAGCAUACAUAUCUUCUCAAAUUAUUAAAAAUAUAUAAUUCAAGUUUCUUUUCUUGAGUUUGAAAAUUCUGUUUUCCAGAUACCUAAGAAAAAUGGAUACCUUCUGCAUUGAAUCCAUGUAACAAUCUGAAAAGAGCCAAAGUGAGAUGGUAUUAAAAAACUAAUCUGUAGCACAUAACAAUCAGUGCAUAUAGUUCCUAUACCAUGAAUUCUAAAACAUGAACACAUCAGCAAACCUAUGAAGCCCACCCACUUGGAACACUAGUCAUUAAAGAAACAUUCGCCAACUAAAUGUAUAAGACCCAUCUUUUUAAUACUUCUUUUUGUCAUAGCCUUUAUGUCUUAAAUUAUGAAUUUGACUAAAAGUAUCAUAGACCUCUACUAUCCCAGACCUAAGAGCUCAUUAGCGAUGGUUUCAACAUGGUAAGUGAUUAAGAAGACUGGAAGAAAUUUGGUGAGAAUGAAAGAAAAUAAGAGGAAAUAUUUCUAUUUAGACCGGAGAUUAGUUUUAGGAUGGCUAGUAGGAACAGGUCAAGAUGGGUUAGAAUGUCUAAAAAAGGAAGCUAGGUAUUUAUGAGUAAUAUUUAACUAUUAGGAUUAACAUUGAAUAAAGACUCAGUAGUAUUACUAACCUGCCAAUAGAAAAUGUAAACCCUACUUGUCUUAGUUAUAUAGAACUGUGUUUCCAGCUUAGAAAAGUCAAAAAAAUGACUUUUGUAACCAUCUACCCUUGUUGUUUCUUUAUUCGGCCCCUAGACCAGUGCUCGGCAAACGGCGGCUCGCGAGCCACAUGCGGCUCUUUGGCCCCUUGAGUGUGGCUUUUCCACAAAAUACCAGCUCUUCCACAUAAUAUUGACUUCUGCCCGUGGGCCACGAAGUUUCAAUCGCACUGUGCGUGCGUGCCCGCACGUGGUAUUUUGUGGAAGAGCCACACUCAAGAGGCCAAAGAGCCGCAUGUGGCUCACGAGCCUCAGUUUGCUGACCAUGGCCCUAGACCAUCGAAGCUUUAAAAAUGAAUUAGCUAAAGAGGCAAAAAUUUCUAUAUUAAGUGAUGGUUUAUGAGGAAACGAAAGUGUUAUUGAUUAAAAACAGUGAGUAGAGGUUAAUAAUUACCUGGGUAACUGAAGCCUUACUCUAUUUUCACGAGACUUGUAUAAUUCAAGGAAAAUAAAUUUUGGUGUACAUUGCCCAGAUAAUUACAAAACAAGUAACUAUAUUACUAAAGCAAUUAUAAAUGAUAACCAGAUAUGAUUGUAACAAACUAUUUCAUGCUUAGGGUCUAUUUAACAAUAGCUAUGCCCAAUAAAGAAAAAAGUGAGAGCCCUAGCUGGUUUGGCUCAGUGGAAAGAGCGCUGGCCUGGGGACUAAAGGUUCCCAGGUUCGAUUCCAGUCAAGGGCACAUGCCUGGUUGCGGGCUCGAUCCCCAGUAGGAAGCAUGCAGAAGGCAGCCAAUCAAUAAUUCUCACUCAUCAUUGAUGUUUCUAUCUCUCCCUCUCUCUUCCUCUCUGAAAUCAAUUAAGAAAUAUAUUUUUUUAUAAAAGGAAAGAAAAAAGUGAGAUCCAACUACAUGUCUUAGGGUUCUUCCGCCCACAGUAGGUUAUGAAUAGAGAGUUAGAGAAGGGAGUUAAAGGGGAGGAGCAUACACACCACAACACACUGACACAGGCAUCUCCGGCUAGGACUGUUACUUACUCCUGUUCUUAAAAUGUUCAUUCUGCUGCAGCUAACUAGCCUCCAUCUUCUACACCAAAUACCAUUCUACGCCUUGGAAGUGCUAUGCAAUAACUCCCAGGUAGCACUUUACACCGCUUAAAAGCCUUUAAAUCUCUAAUCUUAAGGUGUCACAGAAAGAAAUGUAAACACUUAGGAAAAGAAAAAUGUAAUUACCUGAUGAAGUCAUCUAUGUCCAUGGAACGGGCCCGCUUGUCACUAAAACCUGUGCUGGUUAGGAUUUGCUGUAUUUUAUCUGCUAUGCUGAAAUCUUCUGGUAUUAUCUAUCAAGAUUCAGAAUAAAUGAACAACAUAUCUUUAA